AAUGACGUCUUGCACCGUUGUUGCUUUUUGCUGAAGUCGUGUUCUGUCUUCUGUAACUGACAAGUUAUUUUGGUAGUUCAAGCAGAGAAAAAUGGCUAGUAAAGUAGAAAAGAGAAAAGUAUCUAAGGCAAAGAAAAAAGAUUACUUCACAGCAUCCAAAGCAGUUGACAAACUGUUGACGUCACCCUGGAGCUCCCCAGGAACAAAUAAAGAAGAACCCCUUUUCACUACACGAGAAUCAGUGGUUCAGUACCUUGACCUAUUAUUGAGGAAAAAAUUCUUUCAUAGAGCUAGAAAAAUACCAGUUUCUGAACAGGAACUGAAAGCUCGUUCAAAAAAAAAAAGAAAAGAAAAAGGAAAAGAGGAUGGUGGAAAAAAAUGAUGGAAAUGAAAUGAAAUUCUGACAUUUUUUUCAGGUUCACGUGUACCAUUUGCUUACUCAGAAGAGG